UGACGUCAGGGGAAGGCGUGUGGAUGCGUGUGUGUGCGAGGCGCACAUCAUAGCCACAUCAGAUACCGCAGAUCCAUCAGCAGGCAGCCGGCAGGCAGGCAGGCAGGCAGUUGGAGAAAGCCCCCCCCAAAGCCGGGCUGCAGGCAAGACCACUGCUCCUCGCAAGGUAGCGGAAGAGCCUUCGGCCCCGCCGAGCACCGAUGCUUUGCAGAGCGCAGCUCCAGGGAGCCCGUCACUGCUGAGGAGGUCGCAGGCAGCAGCCCCACGUGCCUGGGCCCCCUUUCUUCUUGCCGCCUGACCACCCGUCCCCAAAACGGAGGAGCCCGCCGGCCCCACCAUGUCGUCGGACCCCAGCGCCCCGCCGGCGGUGCCGCCGCUGCACUCCCCCAAGUCGCCGGUGUGGCCCACCUUCCCCUUCCAGCGGGAGGGCAGCCGCAUCUGGGAACGGGGCAACCUCCUGCUGCGGGACCUGCCCAGCCCCCUCCCCACCAAAAGGACCAGGACCUACUCGGCGACGGCGCGCGCCUCCGCCGGCCCCAUCUUCAAGGGCGUCUGCAAGCAGUUCUCGCGCUCCCAGGGCCACGGGUUCAUCACCCCUGAGAACGGCACAGAGGACAUUUUCGUCCACGUGUCUGACAUCGAGGGGGAAUACGUCCCAGUGGAGGGGGACGAGGUGACGUACAAGGUCUGCCCCAUCCCCCCCAAGAACCAGAAGUUCCAGGCGGUGGAGGUGGUCCUCACCAACCUGGCACCCCACACGAAGCACGAGACGUGGUCUGGCCAGAUCAUUGGCUCUUAGGCGCCCAGGGGGGGCCGCCAGCCGCUCGGCCCCACGGAGCAAGCCUGCCCGGCCGCUUGCGGGGGGCGCGGGGGGAGCCGAGGCGGCAGUGGGGCCGGGGCUGCCCCCAAACACGCAGGCGUUUGCGUUCGGUGUCUUUUAUAAGGUUACGGUUUCCUUUCUCUGUGUGUGUUUGUAAGUGUCUGUUGAGGGGGAUGGGGGAAGCAGAGCCCUCCCCUGCCGCCCCCCAGCUCCGGGGGCAGCGCCGAGCCCCGUGUCCCCUUCCUUGCCCCCACGGCCAUGGGGAGCAGGGGAACCAGUCCUACCCCCCAGCCCCUUGGUUGCCCCAGGCUGAAGCAGGUGCUGAGAGCAGGAGGUGGCUGGGAGGGUGCUGGGGGGGCUUGUCUUGUCCUCCUGAACCUCACUCCAGCAAGAUGGGCACCCCGCUUGGUCCCACUGCCCACAGCAGGGCAUGCCGUGGGGCUGGGGGGAAGUGGGGCGGUGUGGGGCGGCGUAUCACUGUGCGGGGACUGGGUGGCUGAGACCCAUCCCCAUCGCUGGCAGCUCACGGCACCCGCCUGAGCCAUGUCCCUCCAUCAAAAAAUCUCUCAGGUCAGCAGUGCCACGGGGAGGUGAGUGGCUUACAGAAAGAAAAAAAAAUUAGUUUUAAGGGGCAAACGGCUGCUGGCAGGGUGUUGGGGGGCUGCACCUGGGCGUGGGGCGGGGGUGCACUUGGCACUUCUGUGCUCCCUGCCACCGCUGGCUCGGUGCUGACAUGGUUUUGGGGAGAUGGCCACCUCCUCCUCCUCCUCCCCUUGUUCCCUCAGCCCCCUGGGACCCCCCCCUUCCCCUGUGCGCACGUGUGUGUGUGUGUGUGUGUGUGUGUGUGUGUGUGUGUGUGUGUGUGCAUGUCCAUAGCUUGCUGGGGGGGGGGGGGGGGGCGGGGGAGCAAGGGGCUGAGGGGUUUGAGUAGCCUCAGCCAUGGGACGAGUGCAGCCACCUCCUCCCCAGCCCCUCGGUGUAGGCAGGGUCUCGUAUACAAAGCACAAACUCUGUUUUUGGUCUUCUCUGCCAUACCCUGGCCAGGCGGGCUCCCACGGCCCUGGGGAAGGGACAGGGCAGGGGGCGGCGGGACAGGGGAGGCAUGUACCCCGCUGGGCCUGAACAGACCCCAGGGAAACGGUGCCUGCACAGACACGCCAGGGAUUAUCAGCAUCUUAAGGGGUUUAUUUCAAAUCAGGGCGAGCAGCCCCCCCCCGAGCAGGGUGGGUGAUGACAGCCGGCUCCCCAGGCACCCACUCAGCAGGAGCCGCCGGUGCCGCCAGUCCUCCGCACUGAUGGAGAGGGGCAUUUUCCACCUUUCUCGCCACCACUGUUGCGGUGGGGACAGGUCUGCCAUAAGCAGGGAGAGGAGGGGGGCAAGGCUGGUGCCACGCGGGACAGCUGGGGCCCUGUGGAUUUGGGAGGAACACUGCCCGCUGCCCCAGCCCAGGCUGGCGGGGGGACUGCCCCGGGACCCCGCAGCCAAUCUCACUGCCAACCCGAAGCCCGUCUCACCCAGGGGCUACACGACGCUGGCUCAGGCCCCAGCCAUCCCUGAGACAUGCAGUCAGCUUGGCCAAGGCAAACUUUGUUCGAAUUUUUUUUUUUUUUUUUUUUUUUUUUUCUCUCUCUUUUCUUUUGGAAAUAAACUAAAACCCUAGACUUGUCGGUGUUUUUACAUCUCCAGUGUGGUUCCCGCCUGUCUGACUGUGCGUCGACCUCUGUAACAUUGGCAAUAAACCAUUAAAAGUGACUUUCCCAUGA